AAGAAAUACACUCUCCUGGAAACCCACCCAGAACCUCACCCUCUGACACCAUGGUCAACUCUUGUUGUGGCGCUGUUUGCUCUGAUCAGAGCUGCGGCCAAGGCCUCUGCCAAGAGACCUGCUGCCCCCCCAGUUGCUGCCAGCCCACCUGCUACAGGACCACCUGCUGCAGGACCACCAGUUGCCGCCCAAGCUGCUGUGUGUCCAGCUGUUGCCGUCCCUCCUGCUGCCAGACCACCUGCUGCAGAAUAACCUGCUGCCGCCCCAGCUGCUACAGCGGUUCUUGCUGCUGAGUGUCCUGCUCUGGACUCAUGAACUUCCUUGUCCCCAUCCUUCAGUCCAGGCAGAGAGUGUCUAAUUCAAUAAAACAUGUGGCACUUCCUUAAUAUUAUGAAUUUACAAACA